AUGCGCAUGGAUGUGAGUGCUGCCGACACCGCGCAAGACGCCAUGACCCUCUACAAGCUGAGCACGCCGCCACAGAUCGCACAGAUCGCGCUCGGAUCCGACUCUGAUAUCGGCGGGAUCUCGCGAUGCCACCUCUCGCUGGAGCACGAGAAGGGAGGGGAGGGGUACGGCCGCUUCUACGGAACGGUCUCGUCCCAAAUUCCCCGAAACGCGUCGCUCGAGCGCAGCGGGUACGCGGCUUUUCGCAACAAAUCGCGCCCGACGCUCUUUGGCACCGAGUCGUGGGACACGUCGCUCUACCCUUACCUCGCGAUUCGCAUUCGCAACCGCACGCCCAAGGCGAGUGGCGGCGCGCCAGACUCGCUCCGCUCCGCGCUCCACGCACAGGACCAGUCGGGGCCGGCGAUCCCAAGGGCCGUGCACGCGCUCGGCCUGCCCUACCCCGGUGUGGCAACCCAGCCGAGUGGUCCGCUGUUCUUUGUAAAUGUCCAGACGGACGGACCAGUGACCACCGAUCUGUACCAGCACCGCCUCUGGCUCGAUGAGGGCAAGGGCGACGAGUGGCAAACGGUCACGAUUCCGCUGGACGACUUUGUGCUGACCAACACCGGCGUCGUCUCCGAGUCGCAGGUGUCGAUGCUGCGCGAAAAGGUGCUGAGCGUCGGCAUCAGCGUGCUCCUCGAUCCCCCGGUGCUGCCGGCAGAGGAGGAGGAUGCGCCGGGCGAGGACGUCACCUCGCCGCUCGGCGCCUUGCGCAAGGACGAAGAGGCGCGGGGCAGCAAGCGCGAUGCUUCGCACUCGUUUGAUCUCGGUGUACAAGGGUUCUAUGUCGUGUCCAGUCCAGAGCAUGGGCAGGCAUUGUAA